AAGUGAAGUUUCCGAAUGCAGCCCAAUUGUGUAAUAGACUAACGAAUGUGAGGUCUGUCCGAUGAUAUUUCCUACAUUGAACGUAGCGUUGAUGAUGUUGCUUUAUAAAGGAACAUGUCCAGAAUGUCUGGAAUGUUCGCUGUAAUUUUAUAUAUAGUGUUAAAUUUCGUGUAUUUGUAACACAAUGUUAUACCGUUUCUUCAACAUAUAAAAAAUUUCAAUAUCAUCGAUGUGCCUGUGUGGGAAAUUGUCGUGAACAAACGUCAAUCUGAAGAAGUAACAUAUAACGUGAUAAAUAACGUCCUUGUGUCUUAUAAAGUGAUCUCGAGGAAUAAAAUGGAUUUCAACGAUUUGUUAUCCGUCGCACAGAAGAACAAAGGCCAGAAACAGGCUGUACCAUGUUACCAAACCAAAUUUACACCAUUGAAGAAACAGGUUAAACAGUCUAAAACUCUCUCUGAAAAUAUUAAAAAGUUUUUGGCUCGAAAGGAAGAAGAGGAGAAACAGAAAGCUUUGGAAGAAAAAAAAAAGAAGGAGAAUCUUUUAGCUUUACGAGAUCGCAAAGCUCAGAGUCGGAUAAAUAAACAUUUGAAAGUAUGUAAAUCAGCAAAUAAGUCAGUACUUGCGGAUGCAAUUGAUAACGACAAUACGGCUAUUACUAUAGCAGGUCCAUCUCAGCCAGAUGAAGAUGACUAUGGAUACGUGUCACAAGAAGCUGCUGCAUUUUACAAUCAGUUAAUGGAUAAAUAUAGUAAAUUACCUCCAGAGAAACCAAUAUUUAGCAACACAGAAAAAAAAACAAUAAACGAUAUUGCAUCUACAAAGGAUAGGCUAAAACAAGCUUUUAAACAACAAGAACUCGGUGGAUCUGAUGGACAUAGGCGGAGAAAGAAAGUAACUGCCUUGGAUGUAAGAGAGCCUGAAGCAGAUGAAAAAACGGAAGUGAACAAAAUCAAAGAAGAAGAUGAAAAGCCUAAGCUGAAGAAGAAGUCACUGCCACCUCCUCUACAUUUCGCAGAACUUUUAAAACUUGCGGAAAAAAAACAGCAUGAACCGGUAUAUGUGGAAGUCAAACCAAAAGUUGAAGAAUCAAGGCCAAUGACAAAGCGUCAACAGCAAGAAUAUAUAAAAGAAAAAGAAAGAAAGGAACAACGUGAGAAAAAUCCAGAGACAGUUAAAAAAUUGAGCGUUGUAAAUACACCUAGUAAGCCCACCAAAACACAAUCGAAUAAUAUUCUAAAAGCUAGUGAGAAGCCUCCAAACCCAGUAUCGGAUAAAAAUAUUUUGAGAACUACAUUAACUAUUCCGAAAAAGAUUAAUAACAAAUCUAACGGCAAGCAUAAUUCAGAAAAAACUGACUUGGACAAAUCUAAGAAUGAUAUAUUAGAAGAAAGGAAGAAAUUAGAAGCCGAGAGAAGACAACUGGAAGAUAUGCGUCGUGUUAUCGAAGAAGAAAAAAAGAAAUUGGCGCAAAAGCAAGAAGAUGUGAAAUCUCAAGUAAAAUUUUCUAAUAAAGUAUCAUCCAAACUUAAAGUCGCAGAUAAACAGAUACCGUACAAGGGCGUUAAACCGCGGCAGUUGCCACCUGCAGACUUAAAGCUACAUUCAUCACUAGCCAAUGAUAAACCGAAACAACUUCCACCACCUGACAUUAAAUCCAUGAAACAUAAACAGAUUGUUAAGAAACUAUCUGCAUCUAAUAAACGACGCAUUUGUGACGAUGAUGAAGAUGAAUAUGACUCAGACAUGAAUGACUUUAUAGAUGAUGGGCCAGAAGAAGAUAAUGAAGAUUACAGUAGAUAUAUCAGUGAAAUAUUUGGCUAUGAUAAAAAUAAAUAUAAGCAAGUUGAUGAUGAGGAUGAUACUGCUAUGGAAAGUAAUUUUGCGCAGCAGCUAAAAGAAGAAUACGUAUCGACGAAAAUAGGAAUUAUGGAAGAUUUAGAAGAUAUGCGUAUAGAAGCAUUGGAGAAGAAGAGGAAAGAGGAAGAAAGAAGGGCUCUUUUAACAAGGAAGAAGAUGAAGAAAUAAUAAC